CUGAACCCGGUGCACCAGCAUCCAAGAGGAUGGCUGAAAACCAGGAGGAGCCCAGCGACACCCAGACCGGUGAGGAGCAGCCUGAAAAUGCAGAGGAGUCUGAGGAGAAGAAGAAGGAGCUGGAGAAACUGCCGCCCUUUGAAAUCGUGGGAGGGGAACGCUUCCCAGCCUUCUUUUUCAAAUUCCAGUUCAGAAACGUGGAAUACAGCUCGGGCAGAAACAAGACCUUCCUAUGUUAUGUUGUGGAGACCCAAGGCAAAGAGUCGGGGAGCUUUCGGGGUUAUCUGGAGGAUGAGCAUGCAGCAGUCCAUGCUGAAGAUGCUUUCUUCAAUAACAUCUUGCCCACAUGUGAUCCCAACCUACGCUACAACAUCACCUGGUAUGUCUCCUCCAGCCCCUGCGUGCCCUGUGCUGACCGGAUAGCACAGAUACUGCAGAAGAACAAGAACCUGCGCCUCUCCAUCCUGGUAAGCCGCCUCUUCAUGUGGGAGGAGCCGGAGAUGCAGGCUGCCCUGAAGAAACUGAAGGCAUCUGGAUGCAAACUGAAGAUUAUGAAGCCUCAAGACUUUGAGUAUAUCUGGCAGAACUUUGCGGAGCAGGAAGAAGGAGAGGCAAAGGCCUUCGAGCCCUGGGAGGACAUUCAAGAGAACUUCCUGUAUUACGAAGAGAAGUUAUCAGAGGUUUUGCACUGAGGCCCAUGCCAGGCCAGCUUGUAAGAGAUCUGUCAACCAGUGGAGAGACAGGCAUAACAGACUUGGACAUCUGACACGCCUUCAGCUUUUCAGAGCUGCUUUGAGUCAGGCAGGAUGCAACAAAAACCUUUAGCAGACAUGGCCCUGAUGGACUCAAACUACAUUUACCAUGUAGCAUUUAGACAUUGUUUAAUUUUUAAAAUAAACUUGUACUCUCUUUGUUAACAGGACAGGAAAA